CUCUGCUCCUGCGGCGUUUACAUGAAGACGUUUCGUUUAGCUACAGCCGGGGUGAUUGUUUUCUUCUUCAAAUGGUGCGAUGGCAGACUUCAACGAUUCCUUUUCUCAGAUCAUCUCCACCAACUCCAGCUAUUCUCCUUCAGGCUUUGAGUGCUUCAUCGUCAGCCCGGGCUUCCUCAUCUUCACUUCSUUCAACAUAACCAACMUCRUCGUCCUCCUCCCUCUGUCUCUCCUCGUCCUGCAUGUCGGCGUCCAGCAGUGGCGCCGAAGCGGCCGGUCGGCGUCGUCCAUCAGCCACUCCGACUGCUUCACCUUCCACUUAGCAGCCGUCGAGCUGGUCGGAGUGUCUGGAUGCGUCCUCAACAUCUGCGCUGCUUUCAGUCAUCAGGGAGACGUAUCACUCGUAGGAAUCCGCAUUUUAACCUUUACAUCCGUGGCGGAGAUGUUUUUCCACACCCUGACGAGUUUGGACCGGUACUUGGCCGUGGUUCAUCCCAUCGUCUACAUGAGACUGAAAAGCAAACGAGGACUCAGAAACAUCAGCGCUGGCUGCAUCUGGAUACUUUCCACUGUAAUGAAUGGGUURCUSAGCAUCGAAUGUAUGCAAAUGGUUUUAAAUUUUGCCAUUUUGAUCCCUUCCUUYGGUACAGUUCUUCUCUGCACUGUGUGUGUCCUUUAUGUUCUGGUUCGUCCGGGUCCGGGAGGUCAGGGACGGGGCACCAGGAGGGUGGACCCGGUCAAGCAGAGAGCGUUUUACACCAUAGUCGCCAUACAGGCGCCGCUGGCUCUGCGGUUCUUAUACUCCUUGGCCUGGUCCGUAUUAACUGCUGCUAAAGAAAACUUUAACUGUGYGCUGAUGACUCUUGACGGCUGGAUAUGCUUCCCCAGCAGCCUGGUUCUGCCGUUUCUGUUUUUACACAGGACAGGGAAAUGGACGAUGGAAAACCUCCCAUCACGUCCCAAUGCCUCCUCUGCUCAGGCGUCCGUCUCCUUCUCGGACUUCACCUGCUUCUUCACCACACCCGGCGUUCUCAUCUUCACUUCAUUUAAUAUCACCAACAUCUUCCUCCUCUUCCCGCUCUGCCUCUUCGUCCUUCUCAGUGGGAUCCAGCAGUGGUGGCGAAACAAUCGCUCCACUUCAUCCAUGAGCCACUCGGACUUCUUCACCUUCCACCUAGCGGUCAUAGAGCUGCUGGGUGUGUUUGCAUGUGUUCUGGGUCUUUGUGCUGCGCACAGCAGCCAGAGUGUGUUGGUCACAGCGGUCAACAUUUUGUCUUUCUCUUCUUUUGGGGGGGUCUAUUUCCACGUGCUGACAUGUGUGGAUCGCUACCUGGCCGUUCUUCAUCCUCUCACCUAUAUGAGCCUGAAAAAGGACAGAGGAUUCAGACCUCGAUUUUCUACUGCACCCUCUCUGUUCUCCGRGCUCUGA